GGUCGGCAGAGCUUCUCUCGAAGUUCAUUUAGCAUAACUGGAGAGGAACUAAGUCUUUCACGAUCUUUCACGUGUGUUUGUGUGUGUUCUUCAAGUGUUGGUGACCGUGGAAUUUCCAAGUGGGUUUUUCUUUUUGGCAGACAGAUUCAAAGCUCCAACAGAGUUGGUCGAUGUUUUGUCUGUCCAGUCAGUACAAUGUUGGAACGAGAGCAGACCGUGCCACGGAAAAGUCCUAUCAGGUGAUUUCGCAGCCCUUCAUGGCUUAAGAACUUGCGCGAGAGAACCCGCCCCCCAUGGAAGUUGGCGAAUGGACUCAGCUGGAAUGCAAAGGUGAGCUGCCACCGGCUCGAUUUCGGCACUCGGCCAUUCUCUGGGGGGAUGAGCUGGUGAUCUUCGGAGGUCAGGGCAAGCUUGCCAGCGGCUACAUGGGAGACCUUUGGAGUUUGGAUCUAAAAACUCAAAUCUGGAAGCAGCUGAAGCCCAAGGGCCACCCCCCAACGCCUCGCAACGGCCACUCGGCCAUCCUGUGGAACCAAGUCAUGAUCCUCUUCGGAGGACUCGACGGCGGUGGUCGUUGGCUCUCAGACACGUUCCACUUGGAUCUGCGGUCGUCGGAGUGGUCGAAAAAGACCCCGCCCGGCGAGGUGCCCGGAGGACGGGGCAGCCAUUCAGCAGUGCUUUGGGGCGAUGCCAUGGUGAUUUUUGGUGGAACUGACGGAGGAAAGUGCUUCAACGAUACCUGGACGUGGAGCCUCCGCUCCGAAGAGUGGCAGCAGGUGGUCCCCAAAGGCAAACUGCCACCGGAAAGAUGUGCCCACUCUGCGGUGCUGUGCAAGGAACGCAUGGCGAUCUUCGGUGGAAGCGGCAGCGGUUAUACCUUCCUCAACGACGUGUGGCUGCUCAGUCUGGAAACCACACGAUGGGAGUGCUUGAGCCCAUCGACGGGCCACGUGCCGGAGGAGCGCUGCGGACAUUGCGCCGUGAUGUGCGAUGACCACAUGGUGAUCUUUGGUGGAGGUGGCCGUGGCAAAAGGCACUUCGAGACGUGCACCUUGCAGAUCAGCACCGGAGCCUGGACGCUCCACCAAGACAAAGCCGACCCUCCACCGGGCUAUUGGUGGCACAGAGCAGUCCUAUGGAAAGACAAUCUGGUCACCUUUGGUGGUCUCGACGCCUCCCACAACGCUCAGCAGGGCACCUGGCGCCGCAAGUGCAUCGCCAAGUCCACCGAAGCGAUCCCCGCGACUGCGACUGCUGCAGCCACGUCGCCAGCAUCGCCCCUGGCCUCGCCGCUCCGCCGCGGCACCGUGCUGGGCCGCGAGGCGCUGCCUCCGACGCCCCGCCAGGACACCGAGAUCUCCGCGGCGGUGCGCGGGGUCGACGUCUCCGAAGUGUUCGAGGCAUGCGCGGCCAUGGCGGCGCUGCCAGAGAAUGUUUGGGUCCAAAUUGGAGGCUGCAUCAAGCUGUCGCACUGCGUGGGCCAUGAUACCAUCGCAGCUGAUGCGCUAAAGCUCGUGGUGGCAGCACUCAUGACCCAUCGGACGAAUCCACAAGUUCAAGACUGGGCUUCCCAGGCAUUGGCGGCUCUAUGCUCCGGCAUGGACAGCGCCUGUUGCGCACGGAAGGAGCAGGCCAUGGCCGAGGGAGCCCUGGAGGCUCUGGUGAAGUCCGCCCAGUCUAAAGAAGUGAACGUGAAGCGCUCCGCCAUCGGAGCCUUGGGCAAUUUGUGCUGUGGCGGAGACGUGGGUCGCACGCAGCGGGUGAUGCGAGCGCUGGAAGCUCAAGCGCUGGAGAUCCUGCGACAGACGCUGAAGACAGAUGACUCAUCCAGGAGCAUCAGUUGGAUGAGGAGCUCUCGGUGUAACCUUGUUGAUCCAGAGAUGAAUUGGGACUGCCCGUCCCUCGCGCCUGGCUUUUGCAUGUGUUUGUUGUGCUUCUUAGUGGGUGGUUUCUCAAUUGGGGGGGGAACCACGAAAAUUCAAAGACAUCCAAGUACAGUCCAAGGGAAGAGCUCUUUGACACCUCCGGCAACCCAAACAACCAGAAACAAACUGGAUGCUUCCACAGUCCCAACCACUUGUUAUGAAAAGGAUCUCAAGGAAGCUAAUAUUGGAAACAACCUUUUGUUGCCCGUUCGGGGAAUCUCCCCGGAUCGUCAUGUCAUCAGCCCGGUUGCGGCGAGGACCAUCCGGAAGGUCUUCGCUGCUCUGGCGCAGUUGAUGGAAGCCGCUCCAGAAGAAGUCUCCAGUGGCGAGACGCUGGAGUUGGUCGAGAAAGCGAUGGCCGCCCGACACGACAACCUGGAGAUUCAACAGGUCGGUCGUCACAUCCAACAGGUGGCCGUGCCGCGCGACUGCGCCAAAGAGAAGCCCAGCUAUUGGUCUGGGCAAGCGACAGACGCGUCGGGCUGGAACCUUUGCCCCGUGACGGAGGAGACCACGUUGAAUGCGCUCAGAAAGAUGUUCCUCGUGGACCGCCCGAAGGAGCUGGGCAAGGGCAAGGACACCGAGAAGUACCGAGAAUCCCAGCUGAUUU